CUUCACCCUACUACAAAAGUUACAGGGCUUUUCAACAUUUGCUCACUUGGGGAAAUUCAGAAAGCCUCUCCAGAUUGCAGGAGGAUAUACGACAAGAAGCAGAGCCCUUCCACCAACUGAGCAGCAAAGGCAGACAGGGGACAAGCCUGCACAAUGGCCUCAGAGGUCCACAUGCCAGGCCCUGUGUGCCUCAUUGAGAACGUGGAAGGGCAACUGACAGUCAACCAGGAGGCUCUGGGGUUCCUGUCUGCCAUCAAGCAGCCUGUGGUGGUGGUGGCCAUCGUGGGCCUCUACCGCACUGGCAAAUCCUACCUGAUGAACAAGCUGGCUGGGAAGAAAACAGGCUUCUCUCUGGGCUCCACAGUGCAGUCUCACACCAAGGGGCUCUGGAUGUGGUGUGUCCCUCAUCCCCAAAAGUCAGACCACACCCUAGUUCUGCUUGACACAGAGGGCCUGGGAGAUGUGGAGAAGGGUGACAACCAGAAUGACUGCUGGAUCUUUGCCCUGGCUGUACUUCUGAGCAGCACCUUCGUGUACAACAGCAUGGGAGCCAUCAACCAGCAGGCCAUGGACCAGCUGCACUAUGUGACAGAGCUGACAGACAGAAUCAGAACAAGAUCCUCACCUGACCAGGAUGAGGUGGAGAACUCAGAUGAAUUUGUGAGCUUCUUCCCGGACUUCGUGUGGACUCUGAGGGACUUCUCUCUCGAGCUGAAAGUAAAUGGGGAACCCAUCUCUGCAGACGAAUACCUAGAGAAUUCUCUGAAGCUUAUACAUAAUACUGAUAAAAAAGAAAAAGUACAAAAGCUUAAUCUUCCUCGGCUCUGUAUCCAGAAGUUCUUCCCAAAGAAGAAAUGCUUUGUCUUUGAGCGGCCAGCACAUGGGAAGAAGCUUAGCCAGCUGCAAUCGCUGCAGGAUGAAGACCUGGACUCAGACUUCUUGGAACAAGUGGCAGAGUUCUGUUCCUACGUGUUCAGCUGUUCCAAGGUUAAAGCGCUUUCAGGAGGCAUCAAGGUCAAUGGACCACGACUAAAGAGUUUGGUGAUAACCUAUGUGAACACCAUCAGCAGUGGGGGUCUGCCCUGCGUGGAGAAUGCUGUCCUGGCUUUGUCCCAGACAGAGAAUGCAGCUGCAGUGCAAAAGGCCAUUGCCCACUAUGACCAGCAGAUGAGCCAGAUGUUGGAGCUGCCCACAGAGACCCUCCAGGAGCUGCUGGAUCUGCACGGGGCCAGUGAGAAAGAAGCCACCAAGAUAUUCAUGGAAAAUUCCUUCAAAGAUAUUGAUCAAGUGUUCCAAAUGGAAUUAAGGACCAAGCUAGAAACAAAGCGAGAGGAAUUCCUUAAGAAGAAUGAACAGGCAUCCUCAGAUCGCUGUGCAGCUCUGCUUCAGGGUAUUUUCAGUCCACUAGAAAAGGACGUGAAGCAGGGGAUUUAUUCUAAACCAGGGGGAUACUGCCUUUAUAUCCAGAAGAUAGAAGAGCUGAAGAAAAAGUACUCUGAGGAACCCAGGAAGGGGGUUCAGGCUGAAGAAGCUCUGAAGCAAUUUUUGCAGUCCAAGGAGGAGGUGACUAAUGCAAUUCUACACACAGACCAGGUUUUGACACAAAAGGAAAAGGCGAUGGAAGAGCAACGUGUGAAAGCUGAAGCUGCCCAGGCUACAGCAAAGUUCCUAGAGGAAAGGCAACGGCAGAGUGAACAGUUGAUGAAGGAGAAAGAGAAGCUUCACCAGGAGCACAUGAAACAGGUGGCUGAGAAGAUGGAGAAGGCACAGGCCCAGAUGAGGGAGGAGCAACGGAGGGCCAUGGAGCACCAACUUCAGGAACAGGCUCGACUGCUAAGGGAAAGAUUCCAGGAGGAGAUCAGAAGAGCUGAAGAAGAAAGGAUGAAGCUCCAGCAAAGGAAAUCAAAACGCAAAUGGUAUAAGCUAUAGUUCUAAGAACAGCGCCAUCCUGCCACUCAAACCAGAGGUGAACAGGGUAUAGAAUCCGGAACAAGUGUCACUUCAAUUGAUAAUAAUUGGGUCCUGCAUCAGAAAACUAAAAAUCUGCAAAGAUGUGCAGUGUGAUCAUUGAAAUUGUGUUUAUCUUCCUAUAAGAUUGUGUGCCAAGGAUAUCAUUGACAUCUCUACCACAAGAGAGGUAUCAACAACACUGCUCAGAACAAAGUCCCUUUUCCAGAUGAUCUCCAGGAGACAAAUGGACACUGAGCACAUUCUUAAAUGGUGGCACGUAAUUAGAAACCAGGUUGUCCAGGGAUGUGAUGUAUCUAAAGGACAGGGAAGCCAGCCUUACUCCUUACUGGAGACAAUGUAAAGUAUCUAUUAUAUCAAAACUGCUCAACCUUUCAGGAAUGGUGUGAUUUGUGGACAUUGGUAAUGAACAACCCUAUCAACACACUCCAUUAUGAAUCAAGGCACCUGCAUGGAGAUCUAGAGUCCAUAUGUAUAAUACCCACAGGAAGAAGGAAGAAGCCAUUAGCAUGACAAGGAGCUGGAUCACAGGUCCAUGGGCUAAAGAAGGAAAUGUUCCAGUUUAUGUAGAUGGAAACUGUAACAGGACAUUUCCAAACUCUAAGAGUUGACACUGAUUAUAUAGAAACAUGAUGACAACUAAGCAUAAUGUAUAGCUUAAGUGCUUAUGUAUAAGGUAUACAUAAGUAUAUGUUAUGUAUACUUCAUGUAUAACAAUAUAUAACUUUAAAAUGGGCUUUAAAUGAUGAUGGGCAAUCUAUAGAUAUCUGUCAUUGAUAUAUUGUGCACCCCAAUAAACUUAUCUGGGGGUCAGAGAAUAGAACAGCCAUAAUAUUCAACAUUGAAGUUAGGCAGUGGUAGCACACACACCUUUAGUCCUAUUGCUUGGGAGGCAGA